AUGAACCAUCACGACACAGAGCCAAGCAUGUGGCCAUCGGAAAAGGACCAGGCUCAAAAGCGACAGUUUCAGUACCUCCUAGUCAAUCACAGCUCGCCCUCAGACAAACCUGUUGUCACCAAGCUCGACCCGGAAGAUUGUCUUCGCGAUGUGCUCAAGAACACACGUGUACUCGAAUUUCCGACAAUAUGGGUACUCGACCAUAACCAAAGCCUCCCCUCAAACUGUACGCUGGGACCCAAGGAUACUGUUUCGGAAACCCGCAAGAGAAAGAACCCGCCCGGUAAGAAGGGCCCAACAAAGCCGAACAAGAGGAGAAACACAGGCAAGGAUAGGGACAGGGAUGUAGAAGAAGGGGAGGUUAACAGCGAUGAUGACCAGUCGGAUGAUAACGCCGGUGUUGGCCUUGAGGCAGGCGAUGUCAUUGCUGAGCAGAGUCUUGGGGAAGAAGAUGACGAUGACAGCGACGAAACGAGUAGCUCAGGGAGCGACAGUGACUGA